AUGACAGAUCUACAAAAGACUCCCUUCGUCAGGGAGCUCGCCUCCAGCGACAAGAAAAUCCGGGACAAAGCCACCGACUCCCUAACUCUCUUCCUCCGCUCCAGAAGCGACCUCUCUCUCAUCGAGCUCCUUAAACUCUGGAAGGGCCUGUUCUUCUGCUUCUACCACUCCGAUCGCCCACUCACACAACAAGCGCUCGCGCGGAACCUCUCCUACUCGCUCGUCCCGACUAUUCCCCGCUCCGCCGUCCAUCGCUUCCUGCGCGCAUUCUGGAUCACCAUCGGCCGGGAUUUCCAUUCACUGGAUCGGUUGCGACUGGACAAGUACCUGCUGCUGAUCCGUUUCUAUGUCGGGGUUGCAUUUGAGAUUUUCCUGAAGGGCGCGCAGCAAAAGGCCGCACAGGACAAGGACAGCAACAAGAAGCGGAAGAGGGAGGCUGAACAGAACGGAAAGUCAAAGAAGCGGUCGAAGGGAAAGAAGCAAAGCGAGGCUGUCGAGGAGGAGGAAGAGGAGCAGAAUGAUGAGACGAAAUGGGCGGAACUGGAGUCGUACAUCUCAAUCAUGGAAGAGGGUCCACUUUGUCCGCUGAACUUUGACCCCGACCAGCCUCCUACUGAUGAGAAAAAGGAUUAUGUCGCCAUGCCUCAUGGUCCCGAUGGGCUGAGGUACCAUAUCAUGGAUAUAUGGAUUGAUGAGGUGGAGAAGGUACUUGAGUUUGAGGAGGGCUCUGAUGGGGUGCGGAAACCGAAGGGUGAUGUUCCCAUUGAGCUGAUUUUGAGACCCAUUGAGAAGUUGCGGGCCGACAGCCCGUACAAGCCUGUUAGGACUCGGGCAAAGGAGACGUUGGAGGAUGAGCGAUUGAUCGAGUGGGGAUUCCGGACCCGGAAGGUCGAUUCGGAUGAAGAGGAUAGUGACGAGGAAUGGGGUGGAUUUGAUUGA